UUAUGACGUCAGAAAAUGCGGCUUCCUGUCCGGCGUGACGGUUGGGUUGUGGAUUAUACCCACCAUAAUUAUAACCCAAGAAGCCGUUAUUGAAUUUAUUCUAGUUUAUAUCUAGUUUACAUCUUUAAACUGAGUGAUGUCUUGGGUGAAGAGUGUUCCAAGCAGUGGGGAUGAUGUGUUUGAUGAAGAGGAAGAUGAUCUCAGUCUCCAAAAUAAAGAGUGGAGGACUAAUAUGGAGAAGCGUGCGAAGGAAGGGUACCGAGAUGGCGCGGACGCCGGUAAAGAGGCCUCCCUACAGCACGGGUUUAAUGCCGGCUACAGGGAAGGAGCAGCGAAGAUGGUCGCCAUCGGACAGCUGAAAGGGAUCCUGAGUGCCAUGCAGUGCUGGUGUCAACAGCAGCAUCUGAACUCUCCGUUGCUCAGGCAGCUCCUUCAGGACGUGGUGAAGCAUGAGGAGGCAAUGGUGAGGAACAUGGAGAUGGAGAUGGCCAAGCUCCAUCCACAGGCCAAUGUGAGGGAUGUCACGGACCAUAUGGAGGACCUGGCUGUCUGGGGGGCUGACUGUGCAUCUGAGGAAGGGGAUUGUGCUAUGAAGGACUGUUCCAGGGAGGAGGGUGCAGAGGAGGGAAUCUUCUCCUCGCUAUCUGUCUGUCGUAACCCCACGUGUGACACGUUCAGCCUGGAACAAAGGCUUGGGCAGCUAAUGAAGACCUGCUUGGAACUGGUGGCUGAAUUAGGGCUCCCUGAAGAACUGUCCCAUCAUAUAAAGCAGUUGAUGAGUACUUAGUUGUGUUAUGCUCAUACACAUUUGUCUGCUAAGCAGAUGUCUUUAUCUGUGCCAGCUGCAGUCAAAUUUUUAAUUGGAGUCAUUUGUUAUAUUAACUAUGUGAAAUGUUAGUGAGCAGGACUGCGGACUGUCUGCAUUGUAGGGCUUUGAGUUUCACCACAAUGGCAGAUGGGGGUGAGGGGAUGGGUUUCGGAACACCGACAUGUUUCACCCUUCAGUUUUUUUUUUUAAUUAUUAUUAUUAUUAUAUAAAGCUGUUCCUGUGCUCAUGGAGCCUUAUUUAAAUUGAGAGAGUGUUACUUGCUGUAAAAUACUGGUUUCACUAAUGCUGUAAAAAUAGCUGCGCAAUAAAUAAUUUUAAUAAUAAUGCAUUAAUCUUUUCGAGAGGAAAAAUUAGAAUGUGUUCACAUUCUGAAUCUACACAAGUAAAUGAGGUUUUGGAA